AUGACCACCGAUUUCGAGUCAGACAUUCAUCUCAUUACAAUUAUAGAAUUAGCGGAAAGGGAUGGUUUCGACCCGCAAUGGUUUUGCAGCACAUGUUUAAUUAGAAAGCCGUUGCGAUCCAAACACUGCUCACUAUGCAACCAAUGUGUGGCCCGGUUUGACCACCACUGCCCGUGGGUCGCCAACUGUGUGGGCGCUCUCAAUCACAAGUACUUCAUAUGGUAUCUCAUGUCACUAUAUUUAGUGAUUGUUUGGUAUCUUUACGGCACUUAUUUAUACAUUGAAAAGCACAUGACAUACAAUGAAGACUCCAAUGUGUGGACAAUUAUAGCUUUUUCGUGGUCUCACAGCGGAUGGAUUACAUGGUGUGCACUAAAUGCUGCCGUUCACAGCACUUGGGUCUUCUGUUUGGUUUGGUGUCAACUCUAUCAAAUUGUAUGGUUGGGAAUGACUACAAAUGAGCGAAUGAAUUGUAGGCGUUAUAAACAUUUUAAAAGGGAUGAU